AUGAACGAAAGUAUUAUUCAAGUGCCACUUUAUGUAUCCACAUCAGCUUGGCGUAAGGAGGUACAACUGAGAGGCCUCUUGCGCAAUCACCCGAGUAUAAUUGCACACAGUGAUAUUCUCCCACCUGCUACCACGGCCAAAGUUUUCAGCACAGCUCAGUUGGCAGCACACCACAGGGAAAAUGUAUUGGCUAUUGGUUUAAAUCCAUUAUCCACUUCAGGCGCUUGCGUUGGGCUCUUAACAAUGGAAAGUGCGGAGGCAAAACUUAGUGGUAUGUCAAAGAUGCAGUGGUUGAAUUUGCCAUCAACCGAACCUUUGAGCAGCGUGGAAUGGUGUGAGGGAUCCCUUUUGGUUGGAACUAGUCGUGGUCGCAUUGUUGUAGCAGAUGUUAGUCCACAAACUGUUGAGGAUUCUGAUGGAGAAUUGCAGCGUCGCACUUGCCUCGUAUGUAGUGAAGAGCAAACUCCUGUUGGAGACAUAGUUGUGCCACCAAGCAAACAUGCCGUGUCAACUCUUGUUCGGUGUGUGCGCAGUAACGCAGCCGUCUGUUCCUCAAGUGUGGUGGCGGUAUGUGAUAGUCGCGCAAUGGUGUGGGAUGUAAAGGGAGCUACACAACCUGUACAUACGUGGGUUCCCAGUGUAGACAGCAGUAAAAAUAGUCCAAAUGAGCAGGAGCCUCUUUUGUUUGCACAAUGGGUUCCAAACAGUGACUCUGUUGUACUCACUGGAAGCUACAGUGGUAGUCUUGUAUUCACAGACAUUCGCACCAAAGAGGGAUCCACCUCCAAAUUAUCCCUUCCGGCCCGUCGAGGAUGUAUGGCUCGGUGUGCCGACUUUAACACAUUGCUUCCAUUUGCUCUUGCUACGGCAUCUUCUGACGGUAUCAUUUCUGUAUUUGAUUGCCGGUAUCCGAGCACUGCCGUCCGAACCAUCCCCUCGUUGCACGGCGAUAUCAUGUCUCUAAAGUAUUUGAAGCUUCAUUCAGACAUUAUUGCCACGGGUGGGGUUGACGGAUCGGUGGUUUUGUGGAAUCUUCGCUCUCUUCCAACCUAUCGCGUGGGUCGUGCGCAAUACAAGUGCCCCGUUUUUGAUCUUAUUACAACUCCAUGGUCUGUGGAGCAACAUGUUAUUGGUGUUACAUGUGGUGGUGAAUUGACUCUCACAGGUCUUGCGCAGGAGGCCAUGGCAACGUUAGCCGUGCCAGUCACUGAGCGCCUUUCCAAACCAUCUGGUCGUAGACAAGAGGAUAAAACCGCGGCAAAUGAGGCGACAGAACUAAUGGAACGUGAAAAAUAUGGUGUGGGUCUCCUGUAUUCCCGUCGGUUACGUGAGGCAUAUGAAGUGAUUGUCGAUUGCGCUACAAAGCGCUUUGCGAGAAAGGAGAUUACGAUGGCAAUGAGGUUAGCGGGUCUCCUGGACGUCAAAAUGCUUCCGAAAUUUGACUACAGGGCGAAGGUUGAGAGUUUUGAAGCGGAGGAGAAGUGCAAGCGUGAAUUAGGUGUGGCGGCUUUGUCGCAGUCGCAAGUAAUUGUAGCUUUUGAAGAUGCACUUGUCCGUUCGAGUCAGUGGCUCUUUCCAUCACUUCUGUCUGAAAAUAUACGAGAUCUUCAGAAGCCCGCCAAGCAAGAUGUUACAAAACUGGAGGCGUUGCAAUUGAAUUUGCUUUUGCAUAACAAUAUUGCUUCCGGGUGUAUUGGAAGCGUCGUUGGUGGAUUGCAGUAUUUCAUUGCUAAUGGUGGGAAUAUUAGUCUUAUAGAUGCCAAUACGGCAUGCAGCAUCGCAAAGAAAUUGUUGGAAGUGAACGUUGCUGAAGGUCAAAAAUUUGUGUCAACGUUGCUUUCGUUGGUGAUUGAACCUGAUGGUACUGCUGUAGCCGAUGCGCUUGCGAAACGUUUGCUCAUAGUGGUUCAGGAGCCACUUGUUACGGCAGGGAUGCCGGUACGCCAAGCAGGAAGACAUGAGGAACUUUUUGUAUCUGAUUUGCUGAGCGCGAAGAGGGCAGUCGAAGUGCAAAUGGAGAUUCGAAGUUUAGGGAUCGAAAACUACAAAGGAGUAAUUGCUGCGGUGAACAAAUAUCAAGACCAAUGUCUCAGAAAUGGUGAGAGCGGCAUAUUUGGCUGGCUUGCUCAGGAACCGCUGAUGCUAUUUUUGAACUGCCUCACUGCAGACUCAAAUUAUGCUACAUUUUUCUGGGCGUGUGUACAACUAAUUGAGGCGCUGGCCGCGUGUCCGGGUAUGCGAGAGGUUGAGGCUACACUCUUUGCUACAGUGAACAGCAUCCACGUUGCUUCUAAUCGCCUCCGAAGCCAACUGCAGGAGUUGGCUUCAAAACCGCGUUUUACCCCAGCGACAGUGCGAGAGGCGGGGAAAACUAUAACAACAGUUCUCGACUUCUCUGUUGUCCUUCUUCGUGUUCAGUUGGAGUGCGAGAAUGUUGCUCAUGAAAGUGAAAUGAGAACUGUACCACCCGUUAUGUGUCGCAUAUUUGAUAUUUUGUCGUCAGCCUCAUCAGACUUGCUGAAAGUGUGGGAAACAAUUCUCGGUGUCUUGGUGGCGUGUCCCCUUCGCAGUCUUGUGCGAAAAUGUUGCCUCACUGGAAUGCGUAACUUUGCCCUGAAGGUGGAAGGCCUUCUUUCGCUUUCAUCGAAGAAAGGCGGUGACGAAAUGUUAAAUGAAAUACUCGACACAUGUGACGAGUUCUUUGACAGAGUUGCUGAAGAUGCUGAUUGA